AUGGGGGCUCGAGCGAUGGAAACAACUCGGGAACUGGAAAGCACCUCUAUAAAGUAUCAAAUAGGAGGACAUGCAGAGAAAAUGUGGCAACGGCUCAAAGGAAUAUUAAGAUGCUUGGUAAAGCAGCUGGAGAAGGGUGACAUUAAUGUGGUGGAUUUAAAAAAGAAUAUUGAAUAUGCAGCAUCUGUGCUGGAGGCAGUUUAUAUUGAUGAAACCAGGAAGCUUUUGGACACUGAGGAUGAGCUCUCUGACAUCCAUUCGGAUUCGGUCCCGCUGGAAGUGCGGGACUGGUUAGCUUCUACAUUCACAAGGGAAAUGGGAAUAGUGAGGAGGAGACAUGAAGAAAAACCCAAAUUCCGAAGCAUUGUGCACGCUGUACAGGCUGGGAUUUUUGUAGAAAGGAUGUACCGAAGAACUUCUAGCAUGGUUGGUUUGGCUUACCCAGCAGAUGUGAUAGUAACAUUUAAGGAUGUUGAUAAAUGGUCCUUUGACGUAUUUGCCCUAAAUGAAGCAAGUGGAGAGCACAGUCUGAAAUUUAUGAUGUAUGAGCUGUUUACCCGAUAUGACCUUUUGAACCGUUUCAAGAUCCCUGUUCCCAAUCUUAUUUCAUUUGCGGAAGCUCUUGAAGUUGGUUAUAGCAAAUACAAAAAUCCAUAUCACAACUUGAUCCAUGCAGCUGACGUUACUCAAACUGUGCAUUACAUAAUGAUUCACACUGGUAUCAUGCACUGGCUCACAGAACUGGAAAUUUUAGCAAUGAUCUUUGCAGCUGCCGUCCAUGAUUAUGAACAUACUGGGACCACAAACAAUUUUCAUAUUCAGACAAGGUCAGAUGUUGCAAUAUUGUACAAUGAUCGUUCUGUUCUUGAAAAUCAUCAUGUAAGUGCUGCUUAUAGACUCAUGCAAGAAGAAGAGAUGAACAUCCUGACAAAUUUAACCAAAGACGACUGGCGGGAAUUGCGUAGCUUGGUCAUUGAGAUGGUCUUGUCUACAGAUAUGUCAGGUCAUUUCCAACAAAUUAAGACGAUGCGACAUACUUUACAGCAGACAGAGGGGGUAGACAAAGCCAAAGCCAUGUCUUUGAUUCUACAUGCAGCAGACAUAAGCCAUCCAGCAAAAUCCUGGGAACUGCACUACCGGUGGACCAUGGCCCUGAUGGAAGAAUUUUUUCGACAGGGAGACAAGGAGGCUGCUUUAGGUCUUCAAUUUUCCCCACUCUGUGACCGCAAGUCUACUUUGGUUGCUCAGUCCCAAAUAGGUUUCAUUGAUUUCAUUGUAGAACCAACAUUUUCUCUUCUUACUGACUCGAUGGAGAAAAUUGUUAUGCCUCUUAUAGAGGAAGCAUCAAAAUCUGAAAGUCCUGCACUUGGGGCACCCAGCCAAAAUAGUUUGGGAGCAGUAAGCAAUGCUGAAGCACAAAGACGACCCGGUUUUAAAAGUACAAGUGAUGGAGGGACUCACACAGAAAAUUCUCUAGCAACUGUAGACCUAACAAGCUUUAAGGCCAACUUGAUGAAGAUCAUACAAGCAAACAAAGAAAGAUGGAAAGAAUUAGCAGUAGAAGGUGAGCCUAAACACUGUAAGAAGUCAGAAGAUAUAUUAAAAGCCACUGAGCAGAAAGAAGCACUGAUAGAGAACUAG